AUGUGCUUUUGCUUCAGCCUCAGGGCACAACCGCGGCUGCAACUUGGCCCAACAGACUCUAUCCACGCCAAAACUUGUCCCCACAUCCUGGUCCAGUUUCUGGCAAAACCCAUCACCCCGCCCCGGCCAAGAGGCCCCGGAUACCCCGCUCUGCGGCGGACCAACCUCUCGGGGUCGCCGUCGAUGAACCCGCGGGACGAGUGGCAAGGGCUCCCGACCCCCCUCAGGCAGCCCGCGUCUACACAGCACUGGACGGGACUGGACUCGACCGGACUGGACUGGACGGAUGGUGUGGACGGACUGGACUGA